GAAAGUCAGUUUGGAGGACGACACCCCCGGAGGAGGCACGAUGACGGGCAGCAUCGACGGACUUGAGAGGUUCGACAGUCCCGGAAAAGGACGAGGUCUGCGCGUUACCAGAGCUUUUAAAGUUGGAGAGCUGCUGUUCUCCUGUCCGGCGUACACCCAUGUGCUGUCAGUCAGGGAGAGAGGCUGCUACUGCGAGUUCUGUUUCACCAGGAAAGAAGGUUUGGCAAGAUGUGGAAAGUGCAGGAAAGCCUUCUACUGCAAUGCAAAAUGCCAGAAAGCAGACUGGGCCAUGCACAAGUUGGAAUGCUCGGCUAUGAUGGCAUUUGGAGAGAACUGGUGCCCGUCGGAGAUGACCCGUCUGGUGGCUCGGAUCCUGGCUAAGAAGAAAACACAGAAAGAAAGAUGUGGAUCUGAGAAGAUCUUGCCAGUAGGAGAAAUGCAGUCACACGUUGAGGACGUUGACAAUGAUAAAAGAGAGAUGAACGAAGCAGACAUUGCAGGACUGCAUCGCUUUUACUCCAAACAUGUGGAGUUUCCAGACCAUAAAGAUCUGCUCACACUCUUCUCCCAGGUUGCUUGUAAUGGAUUCACGAUAGAGGAUGAUGAACUGUCCCACUUGGGGACUGCUGUUUACCCAGAUGUGGCGCUAGUAAACCACAGCUGUCUCCCCAGCGUCAUCGUCACAUAUAACGGGACUCUGGCUGAGGUUCGGGCAGUGCAGGACAUGAAGACUGGUGAUGAAGUGCUUAUCAGCUAUAUAGACCUACUAUAUCCAACAGAUGACCGCAACAACAGGCUCAGGGAGUCCUAUUACUUCACAUGUGACUGCCAGGAAUGUAAAAGCAAGUCCCAAGAUAAAACUAAAUUGAAGGUACGUAAGCGGAGUGAUCCCAUCGAGCCGGAGGUCAUCAACAACAUGGUGCGCUACGCCAGGAAAACCAUCAGGGAGUUCAGGGCUGUAAAAAGUAUAAAAUCCCCUAGUGAGCUGCUGGAGAUAUGUCAGCAGAGUCUGGAGGAGAUGGGGGCUGUUUUUGAAGACUCCAACGUUUACAUGCUCCACAUGAUGUACCAGGCCAUGGGGGUUUGUCUUUACAUGCAAGACGUGGACGGAGCUAUAAGAUACGGGGAGAAGAUACUUAAACCUUACGGAAAAAUCUAUCCACCAUACUCUCUGAACGUGUCCUCCAUGUAUCUGAAGCUGGGCCGACUCUACAUGGGGAUGGAGAGGCACUCACUUGGUGUUAAAUCUCUCAAGAAGGCAAUGGCCAUAAUGGAAGUGGCACACGGGAAGGAUCACCAUUACCUGACGGAGUUACGCAAAGAGAUAACACAAAAAUGAAGAAAAGGAAAGGAAUUACAUAACAUGGCUGAUCCCUAUGGACUGACUACACUCCGAUAAAGUGGAGAUUUACAGAACUAUAGACACUUUCUAUUUAUUGGGGACUUAAAGAUAGAGAGCGUUCAUGUUUUUAAGUAAUAUUUAUUUUUGGAGAAUUAAUUUUAAUGUGCAUGGAGUGAAUUUGUUAUGUUACGCACAGGAUAAUUUUCUACCAGUCGUAAUUUAAUGGUCAUUUUUGUGUAGAAAUUGGAUUGUUUCAAGUAGUUUUUAUUCAUAUUGUUUCAGUUUUGUUUUUGUUUUUUUUAAAUUUGGUGUGUUUUUGCCUUGGCAUGUGACUGACAUAUCAGCUGGACACCGUCAUCUAUCAGUGUCGAGGUGUUUACAUAUGUGUGUAGGGGGUCAAUGCAACAAAAACCCUGUCAGCCAUUCAAGACAGCUGCUUCACCACCAGGGGCCUAUUAAAACCUAGAAAAUGUACCUGUGUCACAAUGGAGGCCUGGGAUACAGCACUGUGUUUGCAUUAACACCUUGUGUGACUGCUGUGUGCUAAUUAAUGUCUUCAGUACCACAGGAACAAAUGAAACCUAUUCAUCGCACAAUGUUAAGAAAUCAAGAACUGAUUUAAAAUGUCCAAAUAAAUAUGACCAGAGUCUUAAAGAAAAUAAGGCUUUAUUGCAUAAUAAGCAAGUACGACAGCUUCAUACAUGUCUGGGGAAAGAAAAACAAAGACUUUAUGCACUGAAAUCGCAUAUACAAAACAUAUGUACACAUAUUUUUGAAGAUAUUUUGGAAUUUUGCCCAAAAAAAAUAGAGAAAAGAGGGGGAAAUUUAAAUUAUAAACAAACAGUGGAAUGCUGUAUGAGAAAAUACUGUUAAAAAUAGAAGUGCAACAAAACACUUAUAUGUCAAGAGAGCAUAAAGCUUAUAGGCUAGUUUUCCGAGAUAUAUACACUGAAUUAUUAAAAAAAACAACAAAAAAAAACGCAUGCAUAGUUUAUUAUUUUGCGGUAUUUUAAGGGUACCAAGUCAAAAAAAGAAAUAUAUAUAUAUUUAUAUAUAUAACAUUUGUAGAAAUCUUUUGUCACAUGCCCAUUAUGUACAAAGUUACUGUGGACAUGGCUGGCUUUGCAUUAUGUUUCAGAAAAACAUGUAAAAGGAAAUUCUUCAAAAUGUUAUAAUUUUGAUUUAGUUAUAAGAUAAGGCAGUCUUUAAGAGUUGGAUCAGGUUAUUAGAAUUGCUCGACUUUUUUUUUUUUUUUUUUUUUAAACCAAAGGCAGUUUUAUAUUAUUAUCCUUCAAAAACCAAACCAGAACAUCAGCAUUUUCGUCAGCCAUAUCCUAACCUUAGAGAUAAGUACACGGUCUGAAACAUUUCAGUUGAUCUUAUAGCAUGGACAAUAAAAUACUGAUUUAAAGAUUUAAUCUUUGGAGGUAAAAAUUUAAUUUAGUUCAACCAGACUCUACAUAACCCGAACCCUAAAUAAAAGGUAAGGGUCGCAGCCAGGCAGAUUCUUUGAUUCAUGCUUCACUAAGGCACAAUAAUACAGUAUAUACAGUAUUCACUGUAUAAGAGCGCUUCUCUAUUAACUGCACAUGUAAACAGCGAAAUUGUAAUUGUAAUUGUAGCUGUAACAAAAUAUUUCCAAAUUAAUGGACAUAUAUGAAUCUGAAAUGUUUUUUGGUGUAAGAAGUGAAACAUCUGAACACAAAAAUGUGUGAUUCUGAAAAGAAAUGAUUGUUUAAGAGUAUUUUGCGUGUGGAUUUGUGUGCAUAUGUUGGUGUGUAUGUGUUUUC